UGUGACUCAUUGGCAUUCCCUCUAAACGGGUCAGGCAAGCUUGCAUGACUUGAUGAAGCCUAGCAACGAUUCAUUGAUGUUGUUUCUCUUCUCGUAAUGGCUGUAACUCUGUUUAUUCUUUUUAUACUUCUGCUUUCUAAUCACGAGGCUGAUGGGAUCCUGCGCUUUGCCUCCUACUAUGGAGACCAUAUGGUCCUGCAGAAGUCUCCAGAGAGAGCGGUGCUGUGGGGCUAUGGCCCUGAAGAUGGCCAGGUCUUCCUCCUCUUGUUCGGACCAACAAUUCAGAGAGCUUCACCUGUCAAUGUGAAAAAAGGCCAGUACAACCUGUUGUCAUAUGUGAAGACAUGGGCAGAUAUGACAGAAACCACAUAAUUCAUAAUAAGUUUU